AUGCUCGACAAGGUGCUCCAGGCUGUCGUCUCCGCGGGCGUCGCGGUCGCGACGAUCAAGUACGCCGGCGCCGUCGGCGGCGGCGCGAACGUCGGCGUCAUCGCGGAGAACAAGUCCGUCGUCCGAAAGCUCUACCGCGAGGUGUGGAACCAGACGGACAAGCUCAAGGCGAAGACCGCGGCGUCCAAGUUCGUCUCCGACGAUCACUUCCUCAUCGACCCCUCCGACCCGUCCCCGUCCCCGGGAACGGACGCGUACAUGCAGUCCGUGAUCCGCCUCCGCGACGCGAUGCCGAACUACGUCAUCGUCGUGGACGACCUCAUCGCGCAGGGGAUCAAAGUCGUCGCGCAGUUGUCGUACAAGGCGAGCGUGAAGGGGCGGGAGGCGCGGUGGACGGGCACCGCGGUGAUGGAGCUCGAGGACGGGAAGGCGCGUUCUCCUCACACCGGUCCCCAUACGACCGCCAUAUCCGCGCUCAUUCAGCUCGGGUUACUCCAGGACGUCGUCGAGGGCGCGGCGCAGUUUAAAGGGAAAGAUCUGCAGGUGGUCGAAGCUCUGUUGGGGCGAUCGGAGGCGCACCCGCGGCAGGUGUUGACCGGGGACGACUGGCUCGUGUACUUUGACCGCGUCUCCGCCGCGGGCGAGGGUACCGGGUCCGGCACCGACAGCGACGGGACCGUGGGCAUGAAGGCGGUGAUGCGGGUGGACUCGAAGACGGGGCUGGACAUAUGCGCGUGA